AUGCAACAUCUAACUUUUUUCAUUCUUACCAUUAUCUUCUGUCUAAUGGGUAUCACACCUUUUGUACCAGGCACUGAAGCAUUCGAGGUUCUAGUCUUGCCACUCUUUGGAAAUAACUAUGAUGUUUGUAGUCUUUGGAUGGAAGAUUCGAAUCAUAAUUUCAUAACCUAUAUACCUGGUGGUCUAAGUCAUCAUGAUGAAUAUAUUAAUUUCUAUUGUGGAGGUCAUAUGCCCCAAAAUGGUGAUUCAGGAGUAGUUCCGAAAAAUGACAUUAUAACUUUGCAAACUUUAGAUAGUACUACACCAUAUCGAAUUAAUUUUCGUACGCAACAAGAUACUCCUUAUUGGUAUUAUAUUGAUCACGAUUAUACAAGUGAUACGUGUAUAGUAUUUUUUGGUUCCGACCACAAUUCUUGGGAAAUUGAAGAAUUAGGUUACGGAGAAUGUAGAUUCCUAAGAGAUGGACCUGGUCUAAGUGCUGAUACAAGUGGUCAAAGUGCUGAUACAAGUGGUUCAAAAAGUGCUGUAACUAAUGUUGUUGUAAAAAGUGUUGGAAAAAAAUGA